UAGGAGUUGGAUCAUUUGACAUCCCACCGAACUGCAGGUAGAGAGGAAGGAGAGUGGUUUUAAGAGCAAUCACUACCUCUCCGUUCCAUUUCAGUGAUCUCUUGAGAUGUCUUUAAUGGCUAGCCCGGGACUAAAUGCUCCACCAUCUCACAAGAACCUCUUGCAAAGUGACGCCCUUCAUAGAUAUAUAUUGGAGACAAGUGUUUACCCAAGAGAGCAUGAACAACUCAAGGGAUUGAGAGAGGUGACCAUGAAACACAUGAGGGGUCCAAUGAGCACGCCCCCUGAGGAAGGUCAGCUGCUCUCCAUGCUUCUAAAGCUCAUGAAUGCAAAAAAUACAUUAGAGAUUGGGGUGUUCACAGGUUGUUCUCUCCUUACAACAGCUCUGGCAUUGCCAGAAGAUGGCAAGAUAACGGCAAUCGAUAUUGAAAAAUCAUACUUUGAGAUAGGGCUACCAUUUAUUCAAAGAGCAGGAGUUGAGAACAAGAUUAAUUUCAUUGAGUCAGCAGCACUCCCUAUUCUUGAUAAACUGACUCAAGAGGUAAAAGAAGAUGACCUCUUUGACUUUGCAUUUGUGGAUGCUGAUAAGUUAAAUUAUGGAGAAUACCAUGAACGUUUGCUAAAACUUGUCAAGGUUGGAGGAGUUAUUGCAUAUGAUAACACACUUUGGUCUGGCAGUGUGGCUGCUCCAGUGGAUCCUUCCCUUCCUGAGAGGUUCAUUGAAUCUAGAAACUACUUGGUGAAGUUUAAUGAUUUCUUGGCUGCUGAUCCUCGAAUUGAGAUAUCACAAGUUUGUAUUGGUGAUGGGCUCACCAUCUGUAGGCGCAUUAUCUGACUGUGCGGUUCACCACUUUUCAUGCUUGCUUUAUCUAUGGAAAGAAGACUUUGAGCAUAGAUACUGUUUCCUUUCUUCAGUAUUUACUUGGAUUAAAUAUGCACCAAUCUUUCUUAGAAAAAGGUUGCUGUUUGUCUUUCUAGGGAAGAAUGUACCAAUCAAGUAUAAUGUACAUAAGUACAUGAAGAUUGUAUGUUUAUGUUGAAAAGAAUAGAAGUCAUUGGAGUAUUUUGGAGAUCUACA